CUCUCCCUCUCCGCUCCCCAGUCCCGGCCGUAAAACGCAACAGAGUGUCGCUAUGCCUACGAGGCAUCCCGGAAGACUGUUGUUUUCACAAACCGGUCUUUUUUUAUACAUCCAUGUCACAAACACAAACCGUGUGGCUCCUUCUAGUUUCUGUGUCGCUCGCUUCCUCUGACUCAAUGGCAGAUAAGACCCAGCUGCCAAGCAGAGACCGCGCUCUGAAAGGAAGAGAGGAGCAAAUGGUCGUGACAGACAAGCAUGCAGUCAAUGGGAAUCCGACUGUUGAGCCUUUUCCAGAAGGCAUGGAGACCAUCAUGUUUGGUUUAGGCUGUUUUUGGGGAGCUGAGAGACUUUUCUGGCGGCUUCCGGGUGUCUUCUCCACACAGGUGGGCUACGCCGGCGGUUUUACACCAAACCCCACUUACCACGAGGUCUGCUCAGGUGAAGUGGGUUGGCAGGACAUUUCUCUGUGAAAUCAGUCGGGGUUCAAGAGACCAAGAAAUGCAAAGGGAAAAGAUAAAGAUACAGAAUCGGAAUGGGUGUUGAAAGUACAGCGCUCUCAUCCGCUCGCCGCCUUCCCUUCAUCUGCAGUCAACUACUCAGAAUGCACAGCUCCAGAUGGGCUGCACCCCCCAUCCCCUCCUCCCCCCAUGACCUACUUGUGAGGAUUGGGCUCUGUACUGUGCUGUACUGCGGCGUUUUUGCCAACAGAGGUCUGACCGGUCACACCGAGGUGGUGAGGGUGGUCUUCUCCCCGAAGGACGUCAGCCUUGAGGAACUGUUAAAGCGCUUUUGGGAAAGCCAUGAUCCUACACAAGGUAUGAGGCAGCAGAAUGACAGGGGUACUCAGUAUCGUUCAGCCAUUUACACAUCCAACCCCACUCAACAGGAGCUUGCAUUGAGAAGCAAAGUGGCCUUCCAGCAGGAGCUGGAUAAAAAAAGCUACGGUCGCAUCACCACAGAGAUCCUGGAGGGGCAGCCGUUUUACUACGCAGAGGACUAUCACCAGCAGUACCUGAAGAAGGUUCCUAAUGGCUAUUGUGGCCUCAAAGGCACUGGAGUCUCUUGUCCCAUUGGAGCUGGAAAGGAUGAACUGUGAGGGAUUCGUGGUGAGAAAGAAAAGGAUGACAAUUUAUGACGGAUUUUUGUUUGUCAUGUAUUGUCCUUAAUCUUUCCUUUCAAAAGUAUUUUACUAGUAUUUUAGUAACGUAACUUAUUUGUCAGAUUUUCAAUAAAAGUUUUUUGUCUGCAAUUGUCUUAAACUUAGAUUGGAUGGGUAUUAUAUAUUUUUGUGUCAUGCCUCCACGAAAAUGCAGGAAAUCUGUUCUGAUUCUGUAUGGUCACAUUUUUUUCCCCAGUAGGCUAUGCGCUGUGUUGUCAAGACUCACCCUUCAAUAGAAAAUUGGCCAGGCGUCCAUGCUUACGCAAGGUGUUGUAAACCCAUUUGUUCAGGUCCUAUCCUUUACAUUAAGGUCAAACACCUAACCUCAGCCAAUUGAAAUGCUUUGAAGGGCGUGUCUUGGCGUGGCCAUAGUGGAAUUUGUAAUUUUGCAUACAGGUAAUACAGAAAUGAUUGAUUUGAAUGCAAGUUCAUUUACAAAUGCCUUGAAUAAGCUUUGUUGGAAUAGGCAUUAUUGGCCAAGUAUGUGUAAAAGGUUGCUCACAAUGUACACAGAAAUAGACAUACAGCUAAAACAUGAAUAUUUUACUACUAUGUAAA